AUGGGUACGCCUAACGACGAGAUUUGGCCCGGUGUGAGCGAGCUACCAGAUUAUAAAAGUACAUUCCCGCAAUGGAGUCCACAACCUCUGGAGAACAUCAUUAAAAAUCUGGACGAAGUUGGUCUUGAUGUGGUACAAGUUAGUGAUCUGAUCUGCCUCUGUGCUUCAUCUCAACCAGCCCAGCCAAGGGCCCAAACAAAGGGCAAGCCACCGAAGGCUGCUUCACCAGCGCCUAACUUAUAUCAAUACGCCCGAGGACUCAGAUCUUUGGGCUUUGACAUGGAAUGGAAGCCAACUUUUAUCAAGGGUGAUAAGCCUAAUCGUGUCGCAGUCAUUCAAUUAUCAGGAGAAGAAGACUGCUUGCAGGAGAUUCUCGAGGCUACCAACAUUGCCAAAAUCGGAGUGGGAAUUGAAGGUGAUGCGGACAAGCUUAGGAAAGAUUGGGGAGUUGACAUCAGCAACUUGAUUGACCUGUCUCCAAUGGCCAGGGCCCUUGAUCCAUAUUGGGACGAACUGGACGAAAUAAGGGCAAAGGAAAGAGAGGCAGAACGUCUUCGCAAAGCGCAGGAAUUGGCAGCAGAAGCUGCUGCUAAGGGAGAGUCGACUCCAACCACCACCGAUGUAACAAGUUCAGGAGCAGAAGCGGGCAAAGCUAAGAAAAGGCGGCAUGGUGAUGAGAACGAACAAGAUCAGCGACCCAAAAGGGGUCGAGCUUUGGGUUUAGCAGAAUUGACUGAUCGAUACCUGUCCAUGCAAUUGCUGAAGACGAAAAGCAUCCGCCGAGGAAAUUGGGAAAAGAAAUUGACACCGGACCAGCUGAAUUAUGCCGCAAAUGAUGCUGCUGUAGCCUACGACAUCUAUUGCCACCUUCAACAGAUGGGAGCAAGCGGAGGUCACUCUUGA